UCCGUCACGUGAAUCGCUGAUCAAGUUAAUAUAACGAGCACAAAACUUUCAUCAUUCUCGUAAGUUUUAACUAAUAAUGGAUCAGAGGUCGUUUCAAGCUGCUGCUAAAUCUGGAAACAUCGAUCAAUUAUACGAACUUAUCCAUGAAGAUCCAUACGUCCUGGAUAAAAUCGACAACGUGCCUUUCAUUGACACUCCUCUCCACGUGGCAGCCCUCGCCGGAACAACAGAGUUCGCCAUGGAAAUGAUGCACUUGAAACCUUCCUUUGCUCGGAAGCUUAACGCCGACGGACUUACGCCGUUACACCUAGCCGUCGAUCACGGUCACUUCUGGUUAGCACUCGAACUAGUUAAGGUUGAUCCGAGCCUUGUUCGUCUUAAAGGGAGACAAGGUAUGACACCAUUACUACUUGCGGUGAGCAAAAAGAAAAUCGAUUUAAUAUCAGAAUUCUUUUUGGUUUGCCCCAAGAGCAUCGUGGACGCAAACGUGAAUGGAGAGAACGCACUCCACAUCGCUGUGAAGAACAACGAACCUAGAGAAGGUGUUUUAAUAGUCCUUAAAGUACUCAUGGGAUGGAUCCUAAGAUUAUGCCAAAAGGACGCAGAGCGGACCGAGACAAGAGUCAUGAACUGUAGAGACAAAGAUGGUAACACGCCUUUACAUCUCGCAGCGUACCAUAACAAUCACAAAGCUAUGAGAUUGAUGUUAAAGAGUUCGAAUGUUAAUGUCAACAUCGAGAAUAAGAACGGUUUAACUGUUCUUGACGUUGCCGUGUUACUCAGAAGAGAAGGCAACAGAUGGGGAUCAUGGUGUGGUGUAGAGAGAGUGGUAAAGUGGCAUGGCGGAAAACGUUCGGCUUCUCUGGUUAAGAGUAAGACAACAUCUGAUAUACUCGGCUCCAAGCUGACAUGGUGUGAAUCAAGGCGGACGAGGAGUAUUCGGUCUUAUUCUUGGAUCUCCGAAGAAAGAAGAAACGCUCUUUUAGUUGUCGCCACUCUUAUAAUCACAGCUACUUAUCAGACCGUUCUCCAGCCUCCAGGAGGCGUUUCUGACAGCGGUGAAAGCAGUAAUGCAACUAGCAAUGUAACUACCAGCGGUGAGAAAGCCGGUUCGGUGGUAAUGGAUGACGGAGACUUUCUAUGGCUAUGGAUAUGGAACAGUGUGGGUUUUACCUUUGCCACACUACUGACGGUGAGUUUGUUGGUCUCAGGGCAAGAGAGUGGGUUUUGGUAUCUUCCUCUGUUCAUACCUCUUCUACUGGCUUACGAUGCUGCAGGACAAGUGAUCUCGCCGAACAAGACAGUGAACGACAAGGGUAACUUGGUUUGUUUCAUUAUUCUGCUCAUUUGGGUUUUAUUGGUCUGGUUCUGGGACCGGUUACAGUCUAAGCGAGCUAAGGCGCGUGGACCCAAGAGUGGAUUAGUGUGGGAAGGUUUCACUACGUUGGAUCAAGCCAGAGGUGUUACGCCUAGUAAAAAGUCCGUGAUUAUGUGAUCUUCAAAAAUGUUUCACCCACUUGUUUUAAAAAUGUAUAAUAUCCACAAGAGAAGAUCAUAAAUAUAUAUCUGUGGAUGUCAUAUUAUGCGACUUGUAAGAUGAACAGUCUAUAAGCAGAAUAUGUUAAAUUGUUGUUUAAAUUUGAAUACCUAAA